AUAAGCCGCUGUGGGGAGCCGAACCGGGAUCGGAGACUUCCAGAGAAGCUGGUAACGUGGAAAGUAGUAUGCCUGUCAAGCAGCAUAUUGCAUGGAGAAAGAAGGCUGAGAUGCUCCAGUCUCAGGUGGAUGAGCUAGAGGAGGAAAAUGGCAUACUCAAGCAGCAGCUUGAGGACAAUAAUUCUAUACAAGAGCAAGAUGGGAACUUGGAAGUAAUGGCCACUGGAGAUAAGGAGCCGGAGCCCAUGAGGUUGGACUCCAGCACGGAUUCCAGCAACGAUUCCAGCACUGACUCCAGCACUGACUCAAGCUCUACCUCUGACUCUUCUGAUGAGGGAAAGAAGAAAAAGAAGCAGAAGAAGAAAGGCAAGAAGAGAAGCAAAAAAGGGAAGAAGGAAAGCAAAAAGGCGAAGACGUCAAAAGGAAAAGUAGAGCGAGUGUCUUCCAUCUCAGAUGUGGUGGGAAGAUAUCGGCGUGUCCUUAGACUGGUGCAGAGAGGCUUCAAGAUGACCAAAGCUUUUAAGAAAGCUCAUGUUUCCAGGAAUGCUGUGAAAGACACUGCAGCAAUUGCUGAAGUAUUCCUGGUGGACAAAAGUGUCCUAGACCAGUUUAAGGGUAAAACCACACUUUUAAAAUUAGCCCAACUCUGUCAGAAGAAAAUAGUCGGUGAACUGGCAGAAAAGAUUGCUGAAAUGAAAAGCAACAAACAGCUCAUCCCCUUUUCUGUCAGGUAAUUCUGAAUGUGGGUUGAGUGUUGUUG